AGGCAGUUCGCGACGCUGCACCGCGUUAAGCCGGCGCGACUCAUCUUCAGUCUCGCGACGACGAUGGUUCGCGCAGCACCGGCUCUAAGGGCCGCCCUCGGGGCAGCCCUUCUGGCCCUUUUAAUCGUCCCAGUUAAAGGGGAGUCGCUUACGCCACCCUAUUUCAACUUGGCGGAAGGCAAACGUAUCACCGCCUCAGCCACAUGCGGGGAAGGCUUGCAAGGACCAGAGAUGUACUGCAAACUCAUAGGGACCAAUGGGGAUAACGAUCUGACUGAGAACGUGAUACAGGGACAGUAUUGUGACCAUUGCGAUCCAGAUAAACCUGACAAGAGACAUCCUCCGGAGUAUGCUGUGGACGGUAUGGAAACAUGGUGGCAAAGUCCGCCCUUAUCGAGAGGAAUGAAGUACAAUGAAGUUAAUUUGACCAUAGAACUGGGACAGGACGCCAAAAUAUACCACUUAGAGGGCAUAGAGAUAGGGGACGACUUUUUUCUAACGACAGCACGAAUGACGAGGAUGUCUUUAAUAAUGAAGAGAAUUUUAGAUACGGUUUACGUUUAAACCACCACGGUGAUCUUUUCCAAAGUAUCCAAUCAAGAUAUGUGGUUUUAUUUAUU